AUGGGAGACCUGCAGAGGUGCCUAGCCAGCGGGGAAUAUGGCAUGCUGAAGGAUUGUCCCCUGUUUGAAAGCAAUUUUAUGCAGGUUACCAAGACAGGAGAUGUAGCCAACAGGGUCACUGUGGGCAUUGCUGCCACCAGCCCAAGCCUGGAGCUGCCUGAUCUUAUGUUGCUGGCACGGCCUGCCCCAUCCUUAACAGGGCAAUGUCUGUGUGAGUGUCCUGAUCCUGAAGCAUUUCCCGAUGAGGAGCUGCAGCUCUUUGGGCUUCUGCCCUUGAAGUUUGUCCGGAUCUAUGUCCAUGACGAGACACGAUUCCAAUUCAAAGUCCGCCUAGCCAACGGCCGCACUUUUUACCUGCAACUUCUGACACACCCCCUCAAACAGGAGGAUGUCUUUGGGCAAUGGGUACGGCUGCUUUACCGCUUGCGCUUUCAUCACUCUGACGCCCCACUCACUUAUGAGCAGGAGGCUACAGCCUACCGCCAUCAGAAGCGGAGACAAAGCACCCCAGAAUAG